AUGACUUCCGUCCUUAAACAUGCCAACAAUUUACCAGCACUGAUAGCAUUGAAAGUAGAAGAUCAGGUGUCAUGUACAAAAGAUCAUUGUGUUCUAAGUGAGCAAAAAUCUGUUGGUCGACGUCGUGUUCUUCAUCAUCAACAACAUCACAAAAAAAAUCGAUCAAGAAAAUCGACCAAAGAAAAUUCGAUUCAAUUACUAUCAUCACUUGAUGACAAAAAAAUUUCAAAUAUUGCAUCGAUAAAACUUGAAAAGAAAUCAACGCCAGCUGCUCGAAAAGUAUUUAAUUUUAUUGAUAAUAGCGAUGAUGCGAGAAUAUCUUACUGGAAAUAUCGAUCGUAUAUGUUAACGAUCGAUUCAACAAUAACUGAUCAAGAAUUACUUGGUUCAUUUACUGAAAUGGAUCAAAAUGGCGAUGGUUUUAUACAAUAUAAAGAAUUUAAAGACUAUUUUGGAGAGGAUUUGACGAAUGAUGCAAAAGAAUCUGAUUUAACCGAUUUAUUCAAUGAUAUCGAUUUUGAUGGUGAUGGUAUAAUAACAACCACUGAACUAUUGUCUUAUUUUAAUCGACAAACAAAAUUUUUAUCAGAAAGCGAGGCCAUUCUAUUCGUUGGUAUGGUAUCAGAUGCUGGCAAUGAACAUAUCUCAUUAAAAGAAUUUUUAAAGGCAAUGCAAGAAUGGAAAUUAUAA